UCAAUUGGAAGAGAAUCAGAUUUCGUGAAGUUCAGCAAACUUUUAGUCAAGCAAAGAAUUCAGUUUUAAUACAGUGGUUAAGGAAAAAUCCGUGCGAAUCAUUAAUUUUCAAGAAAUAGGAAGAAAGUUUACGCUAAACCACAGGAAUUUAGUGCUUGUAACAAUAAUCCACGCAACGUGUUCAUAACUUCUGAUGAAAUCCUAUGUUCAAUUGAAUCUUCGUCCAUCGAAAAAAUCAGUGAUUUGGAAAAAUGUUUCAAUAGUUGCUUAUUGUUUCACAAACCAUGGAUGUAACAAUAUACUUUCGCUGUAAAUGGAAUUUACAUCACCGAUAGCGCAAACAUCAAAGCAGAUGACGGAAACAGUGGAUUCGAGAUUGUGGUGGAAAGAAGAAUCAUUCAAUUAACAGCAUAUUGAUGCGCUUCGGAAAAUUGCAAAUAUUCUCUACUGUCAUUUUUCUCCUCGCGCCAUCAAUUUAUUACCAAUUUGUGUAGUGUAAAGUGCAAACGAAAGGCAUAAAAAUUUGCCCUGAUAGUGGUCUCGUACUGAAAAAGUGCCAAUACUAGCAAAGCAGGUGAAAAAGGCCAUGAGUCUUGUGGAAAUCAUGAAUUCAUGAAUAUUCAAAUGAGCCGUGUAUGGUGUUUCUGGUGGAUCCCACACAUAAGGAUUAAACUCCAAUACCUUUGAAUUGAAAGAAUGCUACAGAAAACGGCGACAAUUGAUUCAGCCUAAUAGAUUAUUCUUUAACGUGUGGUAAGAUAUGGAGGUCUUUCAUAUCUAGUAAAAUACUCACACAUUAAGGCUUAAACCAACUAUAAAUAUGUCCAACAAAGGCAGUAUGUUGGAUAACAACAAAGGGUACAUCUUCAAUGAGCAGUCACGUCCGAUUUUCGAAGAAUGGCGACAAGACGGUCGCAUGUACAACAACAGCAGCAGCGAGGAAGAUGAUUUAGUCGAUGAAAACUUAGCCCAGUUGAUAGCUCAAAACCAAAAAGUUGCUUCUACUGCAAGAGCACGCCAUUCCGCUGACCACGGCGGCAUGCUAAAUUUUGAUAGAGCCCCGCAGUCCUCGCAACCAACAGAUCAAGAUUUAAAACCUACAGCUUCAUUUUCUAUCGACACCACAAAUUUCAAAAUUAAUGGCGAGACAAACACAGUUGGAAGAAAUAUGCUUCCAUCAGGUGGAACCCUUGGCAGAGGGGCUCGACACCAUAGAAGUGGAAACAACACCUUGAACCGACGACUAAUGCCGACUGGUCAAUCCAUGUUAACGUCAUCUAGUAGUACCAUUUCUUCCGUCAGCAAUAAUAUCGAACGAGAUAGGGAAGCAAGAGAUACAAUGUCUAGUCGUAAAAUGGUAGAUGAACCACGGUACUAUGUGAUGGAACCCGAUAUACCGGACAUCCCUCCUCCCGAUCCUGCCCCUCCAGAAGUACCCCCGCGAGCACAUUCACUCUACAGUGCUUCCAGCAAAACUAGCACGUCAAUUAGAAAAAAGUCAGACUAUGUGUUGAAAAUUGACAAGAACGGAGAUCAAACACACGAAGAAUACAUUCCUCGGGGACACCAAGAAUAUUUACGCUCCAGCAGUCCAAAAGAUGGUGGGCAUCCUUCAGGAUCACCUACCUACAAUGGAUCCCAGCAAAGCAACAGACUACAACCGACCUUACAAUCAAAUCAACAACAGAUGACACAGGGUAUGUCGAGCACGAACACAAAUACAGGAUCACGUCUUGGUGGUUCCUCGCCUCUAGUAAUGCCAGUAUUCCCCCUAAGAACGUCACAUUCUGGGCAUGCGCCUCAUUACUCGCCAUACUCACCCUCAAGGUUUCAUAUUGACAAACGGUGUCAGCAUCGAUGUUCUUGGAAAUGUUUUAGUAUUGCCUUAAUAUUGCUCUCCGUGGUACUAACUGCAAUGCUGGCAUACUUCGCUGCAACAAGUUCAAUGAAGCCAAAUAUGGAUUCCACGAAUUGUAUCCUAGUGCAAGAUGUAAAGUCAAACUCCCAGGAUCAAGUAACGGCAAGUUCUACCAGCAAUUUGGGGUCAGUUGCAGGCACAGCAGGUAGUAAUGGUGGCUCUACACUAUUGCCAACUGAGGAAUCCCUUUUGAUGAGCACCGUAGAUCACAACAGCUUUACGACAGCCAACCACUACGGCAACGUGCACAAUAGCUUAUCUCAGUUGAACUACCAGGAUCAACAGCUGCAGCAGCAACAACAAGGUCAAGAUCAGCUAAUAUCGUCUCUAGCUGCACAAAAAUGGCCAGCAAUUGUGGAGCUCAAGGGUUUUAACGAGCUUCAUCACGCUAAUAUACCGCCGUUCCAGUUUUGGAAUGCUGAAUUCCGGAACAAACAUCCGGCAUUUAUCCAGUUCAAUUUUACACUACCAUGGGGUGCCAAUUUUGCUGUGUAUGGAAGAAGAAACGUGGGUCCCAGCAUAACUCAGUACGAUUUUGUAGAGUUCAUUAAAGGUGGUCGAAUAGAUCACCGCUUACGACGGAAACGAAGUUUGGUAAAUGACGAAACCGUGGUACAUAUAGGUGGAGAACAAAAUGAAAAUACCCUGCAAGAAGACUCUAACUUGGUUCGUCAGUCUCCUUUCGAAAUUCAACGUAGUUAUGAAUUCGCAUUCUCGGAUCUGCAUCUCGACGAUGUGGACCAACACAUAAUUUCAAAGAGAUCGUCGGACAAUACCAUGCCAAAGCUCGACAUGGAUUCCAUGACCGUCAAUGUAACCAUUCUGCAGUACUUGGACGUUGGAAGAUGGUUUCUGUCGGUUUACAAUGACGAGCUAUUGCAGCAUAGUUUUACACUUAUUUUCGGAGAAGCAGAAGGUAUCCGUACCACCUGUCCCAACGACUGUUCCGGGAGAGGUUCUUGCUAUCUUGGUAAAUGUGACUGUAUCGAUGGCUAUCAAGGACCAGACUGUUCAAUUAGUGUAUGUCCUGUGCUCUGCUCUUCACACGGCCACUACGGUGGGGGAGUUUGUCACUGCGAAGAAGGGUGGAAGGGUUCAGAGUGUGACAUACCCGUGGCUGAGUGUGAACUUCCUACCUGCUCCAAUCACGGUCGUUGCAUAGAGGGAGACUGCCACUGUGAGCGGGGCUGGAAAGGACUAUUCUGCGAACAACCGGACUGUGUUGAUCCAUCAUGCGCAGGCCACGGUACGUGUGUAUCUGGUCAAUGUUACUGUAAAGCUGGAUGGCAAGGCGAAGACUGUAGCAUCGUCGAUCAGCAGGUAUACCAGUGUCUUCCGACCUGCUCUGAUCAUGGAACGUAUGAUUUGGAAACGGGUUCGUGCGUAUGUGAUCGCCACUGGACUGGAGUAGAUUGUUCUCAAGCCGUAUGCAGCCUAGAAUGUGGUCCAAACGGGAUCUGUGAAUCAGGACGAUGCCGGUGCAAUCUUGGCUGGACUGGUAGCCUAUGUGAUCAACUAACUUGCGAUAGUAGGUGCGCAGAACAUGGGCAGUGUAAAAAUGGGACCUGCGUUUGUUCACAAGGAUGGAACGGCCGACACUGCACCUUGCCGGGCUGCGAGAAUGGCUGUUCUCGUCAUGGUCAAUGCACUCUGGAGGACGGAGAAUAUCGAUGCGUUUGUAUUGAAGGUUGGGCUGGCACCGAUUGCUCAAUUGCGCUGGAGAUGAGCUGCAAGGAUAACACCGAUAACGAUAAUGAUGGAAUGACCGACUGUUCUGACAGUGAAUGUUGUACGCACCCAAUUUGUACUGAACACAUCAUGUGUUUGGCUUCCAACGAUCCAGUCGAGGUGCUCCUUAGAAAGCAGCCCCCGUCAGUUACUGCAUCCUUUUAUCAGCGCGUCAAAUUUUUAAUCGAAGAAAACUCUGUGCAAUCUUACGCUCACAUGGACGAAUACAGCGAAAGUGAGUUCUGGAACUCUUUCACAUCGUGGUAAGUCGCAGUCGUUCUGGUUUCAAAUUUCUUUUCGAUUAGAACGCAAUUCGAAUAUCCAUUCUUAUCGUUUAGUGAACAUUAUAUGUUUCUAAACAGCAUUAGCCUUUCCUCAUACAACAUCUACUUUGAGUUUUCUCACAAUUGGCAAAUAUUAGUGGCCUUCAUUUUUUUAACUUUUUUUGUAUUUUCCAUACUGUAAUUUAUUUUCCACCUCAUCCUCAUCACCGUCGUCUAUUGACAUAUAGAGUUUAAGCAAAAAAAAAAACAGUACAUCGAUAAAAAAAACUUUGUGUAUGUGUAUGUUAAAUGUUGUAUGUCUCUUGUUUGUUCUUGUUUUUUGUUAUGUCAUAUUUUCAUGUGUUUGUUUCAGUAUGAGGAUAAAUAAAACUAAAAAGAGUUCGUAUUAUUGAAAAAGGUACAGAUUAUUCAUUAUGAAAGAUUAAAGAAAACAAAAUUACGAGUUCAUUUUAAUAGAGAAAAAACAUUCAUUCACAUUCUGGUAACGUGGGUUUUUAAUAUUAAUGUUAAAUAUAUUUUCAUCACUAGACAACUAUUAAAAUUUCUGCGUGUCAAAAAAAAAUAACGCAGCUGAUUGACUCUUUCUUAUUUGGUUUUUACAUUUUGUUUAUCCUUAUAUUAGUACAUUUUUGUUUUAUCCAAAUGUAUAAGAUAACAGGCAAGAACCCUGUAAAACAAUAAAAAAACAAAAAUGCUUUUUUACUCUUUUUCAUCUUAGUUUUUACCAGUACGCUUUUUAAAUAGAUGAUGUUUUAAAUUUAUUUCA